GUCGAGGGAUGACAGUGAGCACCGCAGCGAAGGAGUGGAAGAAGAACAAUCUUCUUCAGUGUCGAGAGAACGAUGGCAGUGGGCGUAGAAGUGCUGCAGCGUCGAGGGAGCGAUGGCAACGAGUGCCGCAGCAAAGAAGAAGACGACAAAGAAGGAGGAGGAGGAGGAGGAGGCGACGUUGGGUAUUAUUUCUCGAAGCUUCUCCCUCUUUCUCCCUCUUCUUCGAACGCCUCUUCUUCCUCGCCUCGCCUCGCUGCAAUCGGUCUGAUACCGCUCGGUAGCAGGCGGUCCGCGUGCCGAUCAACUGGCAGACCUGUAUGUACUGCCUGGUUUGGGCAGUAUUAUUCGGUAUUGCAAACCUUGGUCCUUGCUUUCAUGAACUAUAUGUUCACAGAUGUAUCACAACUUGAACAUCUUCAAUAUUUAAUACCUCAGCAUUUGUUUGCUUUUAUCACAUGCUCUUUUAUUGACUUUUUCUUGUACUUUAUUUCCAGAGUACCAAUCUGCCAUCAUAUUAUUUUUGAUAUCUAAUGCUAUCGUCAGUUGGAGAUUUAGCUUCUUUUAAGAUCGUCAGUCAUAUUCACUUGUCUGUGACCUGGAAACCUAUAUGUGAAUGGAUGACCACUCAAUCACACAUCAAGCUGCUUCCUGGAGAUUAUGCUGUCCACUUAGACUUAGUUGCAAAGGUUUGUGGUCUGGCUAGCGCACAGAAGUUCUUUGAAGACCUACCAGUUAGGAUGAAGGGCCCAUCUACCUGCACUGCCCUUCUUCAUACUUAUGUGCAGUGCAAGUUGACUGAUAAGGCUGAGUCUCUGAUGGAAGAAAUGUCAGCUCAAGGUUUGCUCAGAUGCUCUCUUCCAUAUAACCAUAUGCUGACACUGUACAUAUCAAACGGGGAGCUGAAUAAGAUUCCAGAUUUGUUGAGAGACCUGAAAAGGAAUGCAUCGCCUGAUGAAAUCACCUAUAACCUAUGGUUAAGUGUUUUUGCCAAGAAAAAUGAUGUGAUUGGAGCAGAAAAGGUUCUCCAUCAGAUGGGGAAGGAUAAUGUGACUGCUGAUUGGGUCACUUACAGCAUAUUAGCCAACAUGUACAUCAAAGCAGCAUGUCAUGAUAAAGCAAAAGAAGCCUUGGUCGAGAUGGAGAGAAGGGUCUUCAAAAAAGACCGAGUUGCAUAUUGCUCUCUCAUCAGUCUUCAUGCAGGCCUAUUGGACAAAGACAAUGUUUACAGAACGUGGAAUAAACUGAAAGCCACAUUCAGGAAGAUGAGCGACAUGGAAUUUAAGUGCAUGCUCUCAUCUUUAACAAAAUUGGGUGAUAUUGAAGAAGCUGAGAGCAUCUACAAAGAGUGGGAGUCGGUAUCCGGCACACAAGAUUCGAGGCUUCCAAACAUCCUCCUUGCUUUCUAUGUCAAGAAUGAUAUGUUGGAGAAGGCAGAGAAGUUUCUUAUGCAUAUAGUUGAAACAGGAGUAAAGCCUAGCUACACUACAUGGGAGCUGUUAGCCUCGGGUAACUUGCACAAGAACAGGAUGGACAAAGUGUUGGAUUGCUUGAAGAAAGCUUUAUCAACCUUGGAGAAAUGGGACCCCAAUGUUGGACUAGUUAAAGCAGUGUUUACCGAGCUUGAAGCAAUGGGUAAUGUGGAAGACGCGGAGAAUUUCUUGGUAAUUCUUCGUGACGCAGGGUACGUGACAACCGAGAUCUACAAUUUGUUGCUUAGAACGUAUGUGAAAGCUGGUAAGAUGCCUUUGAUAGUUGCGGAACGCAUGAAGAAAGAUAAUGUCAAAAUGGACGAGGAGACUCUUCAUUUGCUGACGGUUACGCGUAAAUUUUGCAUAAGUGAAGUUUCACCAUUGAUUUCUUGAUAAGUUCUUUAAUUCGGAAAAAAUUGUAGCACCAAGUAUAUGAUUAUGACAGGCAUUGCAAAUCAUCUGUGACAUACUGUAAUAUGUGCAAGAGUGAUCAUCAUUUCAGAACCGUCGAA